AUGGAUUAUUUAUCUAAAGAGUAUUACCGUGCAGGUGCCACCUAUUUAUCACCUGAAGUUCUUGAGGAAAUUCGUAAUUCACGUGAAAAAAUUAAAAAUGCUGUAACAACAAUGACAAAAAAACAUCACAUUUCAAGCCGGCGAGUUUAUGAGAUUUGGCGUAGAUGUGCAAUGAAGCAACCUGAUCGUAUCCAACAGGAUGAGCCAAAGAACCAAAGCUCAAGUAGUUCUACUAUUACUUCUUUGA